AGACUUCAGGUCGGGCUCCUGGGAGGUGGGGACAGGGUUAGGGCACGGUGGGGAGGCCUUGGCCCAAUUCCCAGCCCUGCCUCCUCCCCGGCCUGGGGUGCCUGGGCCUCCAGAGUCCCCUGCCCUUGCCUGCUCACAGAUUUGGGGGCGCUUUGGUCAGCAAUAUUGUGGGGAGUUACUCCAGACCACCCUGGCCAUGCACCCCGGGGUCCCCGAAGGCCCUGGGGUCUCCGAGCCCGGCCCCCGGGAGCUGUGUGCCUUCGUGAGCGGGGCGGCCGCCCACAUGCUGCGGGCCCUGCAGCCCCGGCGCACCCGGCCCCCCAAGAGGCGGCCCAACCACAGAAGGUUUCUGCACAACCAGAUCUGCAGGCAGUUCACCAAGAUUGAGGCCGCCACCCAGCGCCUGGCCCUCUCCAUCCUGUCCCAGGAGGCACCUCCCCAGAGACCCUCGCUCCAAAAGCCACCCCCGCCGCCUCCGUCCCCCUUCCUGGGAGUGGCCUGUGCUGUGGCCCCCACUGAGGCUCCCCAUGCCAGCGCCAGCCUGAGUCUCGCUGCCCUGGACACCUCUACCCUCGACCUCUUUGACAACAUUGCGCUCACCCCAGAGUGUGCCUCAGUGCCAUGGGACCCCUCCUCUGGUCCUGAUGCUCCCCUGCCAGUGCCGGGUCUGUCCUAUCGCGACCUGGGCCAGCUAGACCUGAGGCAGGUCCCACAUUUCUGCGGCCCCCUGCCCCUUCCCCAGCAUGCCCUGGGGGAAGAGGCUGAUCUCGUGGCUCCCGACUGGGGUUGGGUGGACUGGUGGGAGGUGCCUCGUGCCUGGGAUUCUCAGGGGAUCCCCGAGGGUUGGGGGACCAGCUCCCCAUGAGGCCAAUCACAACCCAGCCCAGAACCCAGGACAAGCCAGAGGCCCCUCCAUGACAGCUCUACAGCCCUCUUCAGGAGCCCCCAACCUGUCCACUCCCUUCCUGGCAGCCCCUGGGAAAAUAUACCAACCCAGACCCCCACUUCAAACCACUGCCUCAGGGGUCUCCUCCUGGGCCCAGGGGCCCCACCUCCACCUCUUCUGGGGGCCCCAUUCUUGCUUUCCUGCCUUCCCCCUUCUGCCCAGCCCCAUCUCGGCAUCCACCCCUCACUCUCACCCAGGCUCACCUCUGCCUAAUGUCUGCUCUCCUCUCAUUUAUUCCCAAAGAUGUAUCGAGUGCCUACUACGGGCCAGGCCCAGGUCUAGGACUUGAGGAUUCAGCAGUGAACAAGGCAGACGGGACCCCUGCCUCAGGGAGCUCCCCGUUCUGUGUGCAUGUGUGUGUUUUGGCGGGGAACUGACAAUAAAAGAGUAUAUCCAUGC